AAUCAUCCAUUGACCUGUUGUGGUGGUAGGCUAAUUAUAGUGGGUCCAGGUUCUUGUUGAGGUCGGGGUUAAUACACGCCAUAACCAACCUCUCAAAGCACUUCUACAUCACGGACAUGGUCAGUAGUCAUUGAGGCACAUCACCUUACACUUCAUGGGCAUCGGGUUAUGGGGGCCUGAGGGGCACAUCAGUGUUCUCCCUAUCAAAGUACGUAAAAUGCAUUGAGCUCAUCUGGUGUGAUGUUUCUGUGUCUUAUGUUGCCCCCUGAUUUUGUUUUGCGGGUGAGGGAUGGAGCGUUAGGCAUCUGUGGUGGUGGUGGUGUAGCAGUGGUCGGAGGUAGAAGGGCCGGCACUUCACUGCCAGGUGUUCCAGAUAUGGAGAGCAGGAGUUGGACGGGACUGCAACAUCUGACCACCACAAAAAAAUUACCAUGAGGUAGAUACCACCCUCUCUACCUCCGUCCCAAUGCCUCUGUUCUGUCCACACCAUGGUAAUGCUUGAGAAUGCUGGCAAGAUGGAACAUUCUAAUUAUGCAAAACCCGUGAUCGUGCACACUGGAACAAUGACUUAGGAAAUGACAGAUGAUUAAACGCUUUCAAUGUUUUUACGAAACAACUGUUCUUGUUAAUGAGUACAUAUAUGUGGUGACUGUAAAUGCACAAUAAGGAAAGGCAUUUGAGACAUUAGUCUACUUUAGAGAUACAGCAUGGAAACUGGCCCUUCUGCCCGCCGAGUCCCCGUACAGUAGCAUUAUCCUAUACAUUUGGGACAAUGUACAAUCGCAACUGAAGCCAAUUAGCCGACUAACCAGUAGUGGAGCGCCCUGGGAAAACACAUGCAAUUUCGGGGGUGAAUGUACAAACUCCCGGCAGACAGCACCCAUGGUCAGGAUCGAACACGGGUCUCUGGCCCUGUAAGGCAGCAAUUCUACCACUGCCCUACCAUGCCGUCCUCUACUACGCCACCGUUCGUUCCCUGGUUGUAGCCAAGUGUCAGUUUGAAGGAGAUGCAAUUGUAUUAGUUUUACCUUUUCUGGUGCAGGGAGCUGUGUUUUAAUGAGCAAAGACAGAUUGAGAAUCGGCAAAUGCGAUUAGUUUCAAUUGUUUUCAACCUGGAUUGAUGAACAGAAUGGUCCCUGAUGUAAAAUUCAAUGAUUCCAAGAUACAAUAUGGUCUGAUACUUAUUUGAUAUGAAAGGAUUUUUUUUUAAUUUUGCUUAUAUAUUACCUAUUGUUUCAUUUACAAACCAUGUUCUCAAAACACAUCUAAUUGCAUCAAAGAUGUGCAGGAGUAUAAAUGUAUUUGCUACCAAGGUGUCUCUUGCAAAAUUCAUACUUCAAAAUUCAUAAAAUUCACCAAAACGUCUAUUUUGUCGUAUUUGAUUAACAAAAUUUAAAAUAAGAGAACCAAUUUAGUUAUUGCAUAACUAGAAACCAAAUAAAGACUUGCCAUUUUUAUAAUGUUUACAUUUUGUUUUUGCCCACUUCUGGAGCAUAAUCUCUGAAGUUAGGACUAUGUAGUUUUUCAAUUCUCUCUAUAUUAAAAUGUUUGAGAUGGUCAAAACUAGUUUCAGAAUCCUUUACAACCAUUCAGUCACUCGAGAAGCCUUAUAUUUGUUCUUAUCAAGUUUCAGGUUUACCAUUUCAUUAUUAUUUUAUCAUUCUGAAUAAUGCAUUCCCAUACAUAUUAGCACUUGGUCCAAAAUUGCUGACUUAAAAAAAUAAAUGCAAAUGUGAAAUUUGAUCUGUCUCUUCCCCAUGUAAUUCUUCCUAAAAUUGUGUUUAAAUAAUAGUGUAGUGACUGUUCCUUGUAUUUAGCUUUCCCAGGUCUGGCAUGCUUUGCUGCUAACAUCUUCCUCUUGCCCAACUCAGCUACUACAUUUGAUACCACGCUACCAUUCUGAUUCUCCUCCCACUGCACGGUCACGCAUAACUACACAAAGUGAUGUGAAAGAUGAACAGCUCUUAAAAAGACAAGGUAAACGUUUAGUGUUGAAAAAUAAACACCUUGUCUAACCAAACGGCUAGAACAUUGUAUUAUUAUCAAUUUAUCCAUUCUUGCUUUCUGCAGAAAGGAAAAUGAAUGAAUGAAGUAUGAAAAAUGCCAAGUGUGGACAGUGUGAGAGUGGCUGCCCGCGUUAGAGCCUUUAACCAGACUGAGAAAGACGCAGGAUGUGGUUGCAUCAUCUCCAUGGCUUUAAACAGCAUCACAAUUUGGAACCCCAGAAAUCGGAGCGACACUAAAACAUUCACUUUUGACCUGGCCUACUGGUCACACAGUGGAUUUAUUAAGAAUGAGCAAGGAAUUCUUGUCCCUGAUGGACCUACCAGCAAAUAUGCCGACCAGAGAAUGGUGUUCGAUGAUCUGGGCCAAGAAUUGUUGAGCAAUGCAUGGCAGGGAUACAACACUACACUGUUGGCCUAUGGACAGACUGGUUCAGGAAAAAGUUACUCCAUGAUUGGCUAUGGAAAAAACAGAGGAAUAAUCCCAUUAAUUUGUGACGAGUUGUUCAAAGCAAUUAAAGAAGAACAAGAACGCGAUAAACAGUACCAGAUUUAUUUCAGCAUGCUGGAAAUCUACAAUGAAAAGGUGAUUGACUUAUUAUCUAAAAGUAAGCAGUCUGGGGGUCUGAGAGUGCGAGAAAGCUCACAAAGAGGCUUCUACGUGGAAGAUAUGAAGUCGGUGCCUUGUGAAAACUACGAGCAAAUUGAACAGUUGAUGAAGGAAGGAACCAGGAAGAGGAGUACAACAUCCACCAAUGUCAAUAUGACCAGCAGUCGUUCACACAUGAUCAUCACUGUCCAGUUCAAGCAGGUAUUUUUAAAAGAACACCGAACUAAACAGUCCAACAUAAACUUGGUGGAUUUGGCAGGCAGCGAGCGGCAGAAGUCCUCGGGUUCUGAAGGGGAUCGCCUGAGAGAGGGAACAGCCAUCAACCUCAGCCUGACCACUCUGGGUAACGUCAUCAGUGCCUUGGCAGAAAUAGCAAUGGGGAAGAAGAUGCUUUACGUGCCUUACAGGAACUCCACGCUUACUAAACUACUGCAGCCUGCACUGGGUGGAAACAGUAAGACUUUAAUGAUUGCAACAGUCAGUCCAGCUGAUAUCUGUUAUGAGGAAACUCUAUCAACAUUACGUUAUGCUGAAAGGACAAAAAAUAUCCAGAACAAGGCCAUGAUAAAUGAAAAUCCAACGGAGCGACUCAUUCAAGAACUGAAGGCAGAGAAUACCAAGCUGCGAUUAAAGAUCUCUAAGAUUAGAAACUCCGGACAAAUGGUGGAGGAGGAAAUGGCGGAGUUACGGCGCCUCUUGGCUGAGAAUGAGGUCCAGAUGCUGGAGAUUCAGACAUCCUGGGAGCAACGUCUUGAGAAAGCACAGAAAGAAUGGAAACAUCAAUACUCAAACCUGAUGCAGGAACAGCUCAUGAUUCAGUUAUUCCCCUAUCUGUCGAAUGUCAACGUGGAUCCACAGCUCUCUGCCUUUGUCAGGCAUUUCAUCCAGCAUGGCGAGUGUGUCGUGGGACAAUCCGGAAGUUUCCCACGAGCAAUUAUUAUUAAAGGCUUAGGUAUUGCUGAUAAACAUGCCAUCAUCACAAACCAGGACAGCAAAGUAACGCUGGAGCCACAUGGACAGGCCAGAGUGAUUUUAAAUGGGGUCCUCGUUCGUACUAAAGUUCAGCUUAGACAUUUGGACCGACUUAUUCUGGGAUCCAACAGCACUUAUCUUUAUGUGGGAUAUCCAUGCGAACGCAAUGAUGAGGAAUUGAGCAGAUAUGAUUAUGAUUUUUUCCAGUCGGAGUUGGCAGCAGUAGAAGGCUUUGACAGAGAUGCUCUGGGUCACAACAGAAGUGUAGACCCAAGUGUGCUUGCUGUGUUCCAAGAUUACAUCAGAGUGAAACCAAUGGUGGCAGAAGCAAACCAGAUCAGUAGAGAGUUAAAUAAGGAUCUAAGCUUUGAACUGGAAGUGAAAAAUUUGGCUUUAACAGACUCAAGAGGCUCUGACCUGGCAAAGGAAGUGAUAGUGAAGGUGACAAACAAAGUAACUGAUCAGAUAUGGUUCUGGUCAAAAGCCAAGUUUGUGAACAGGAAGUUCAUCAUGGAAGACGUGUAUCAGCGUUUUGUUGAUGGGGAGAAUAUUUCUGUGGACAGAGAGAGUGAUCCAUUCUGGGAUCCUAUUGAAGCUGUUCACUUAGGUACAGCUUACGUCUGGCUCCAGUCUCUGAACUACUGUAUUGCACUAGAGGAACAUGUGGAGUUUCAUAAUUCCCAGGGAAAAGAAGAGGCUACUUUACAGAUGAACCUGGUACCAUGCAACCCAAGCGGACAAACUCUGGGUGAAGAGGAGGUGCUUAUUGAUCCCACUGAGUUGGUGGGGCACAGGCUGGAUUUUCAAGUUCAGAUAACUCAAUGCCUAGGGAUCAAAUGGCUGAAACGGAACAUCAAAAGAGGAAUUCAGAUUUUAUAUCAUGCACUGAACCAUCCAUAUGCUUUCCACUCGGACCCUGUUUGGAACUCAGUAAAUGCAAGAAUUGAUCACAUGAUGCAGUUCACUGUCAAGUGUGUGUCACAGGAGUUACUAAACUAUCUGCAAAAUCAUGCCCUGGUUCUGCAACUCUGGGGUUUACAAGAAGGUUGUAUAGAGAUGGUCUUUCCUGGUGAUUUUGAGAUUACUGAUGAAGGCAGUAUAAUUAUAGAUUAUAGCGACGAGAGAUCGCAGCUACCCCGUAGUAGUGGUAGCGGGGAGGUGAGAGAUGACCAGCUCUCUGAACUUUACAUCAAGUUAUCAAAGUUGGAGCAAGAGACUGAUCUGUUGAGGGACAUCAACGGAACCUUAAGAAAGGACAAUGUCAGCUUGAAGGCCACCAUAAAGAAAAUGAUGAAUGAUGCCUCAAGACCUGGAGAGAAAUCUUUCCAGCAAAUGAAUGCACAUCUCUUAUGCUGGAGGAGUACAUCGAAGGUCAGCUGUGAGGUUGACUUUGCUAAGGCACUGAAAACAUUUUACAAAAGUAUAAACAGAGUGCAAAGCCAACUAUUAGAACUGAGGUGCCAUCAACCACCGGAGGAUGAUGAUGUGGAAUCACUGCGGAUACAUCUCCACAAGCAAACUCAAGGGAUAAAGGAUUUCGGGGAUCACCUUGAAUCUUGCAUAAAUGCACUGAAAAAUGAUGUCAGUGUCAUUGUUAAGAAAAAAAAAGGAGAGCACUGCAAGACCAGAUGAAGCCAGGCUCUGUACUAUCAAAUGAAUCCACUCUGGGGUUGAAAAAAGAAUGACGAGCUGAUGUGAAACAUUUCUAUUUCAAUAAAGUAUAUCCA